CUUAAUUCGGUCACACAAAAACCGGAUGUUCCUGUCUAAUAGUUCUUGUGGUUGUGUUUGUGUCAGUUGGGCCCUGCUAGGUCAUGUUUAAAGAUGUUUUAGUCCGGUUUGCUUUGGGAACGGCUCGUGUUUACCGUCACGUGAGCCGCUCGCCGUGGCAGCAGACACCGGCGGCCUCCAGGGUGACCGUGAGAAGCUUCACGGCGGUGAAGGACGAAGUGCCGCCGCCGUUCGACUCCUCCCUGCUGGAAAUUCUCGUGUGUCCUCUGUCCAAGAAGCCGCUGAGGUACAAUCCUGACACCAACGAGCUGAUCAACGAGGAGCUCGGCAUCGCCUACCCCAUCAUCGAUGGCAUCCCCAAUAUGAUCCCCCAAGACGCCAGGCUCAUAGGGAAAGACGAGCCACAGACCCCAGCUCAGUGACACAAAGGAUUCCCGCGUUUCCCGUGCUGAUCGGUAGCCAGCGUACUUGUAGAAGAGCUCUCAGGAUGCUCUCCCUGUCGGUGCUGGUGGGUCUGGUCCCCAUCGUGUCGCUCUUUGGUCUGUUCUACUCUGCAGCCGUGGACGAGAACUUCCCUCAGGGCUGCACCAGCAGCAGCAGUCUGUGCUUCUACAGCCUGCUGCUGCCAGUCACCAUCCCUGUGUACGUCUUCUUCCACCUCUGGAGCUGGAUGGGGAUCAAGCUCUUCAGGCACAACUAGACCCUCUGACCUGGCUGCAUGUGUGUUCCAUGGAAAUGUAUUUUUACUGGAUUUUUUUUGUUCUUUUCUCAGUUUGGGGUGAACUCAGAUAAAGCACUUCUGCAUAUUUACAGACUUUGCCCAAAAAUUCUUCCAAACCAAGUUUAAAUAAAUGUUUUAAUGUCAAUAAAUGUGUGUUACAUAACA